AUGGUUGUUGUAAGGAAUAUCCCACUUUGGCUUUGUCUUAUCUCCACCUUAUUGGCCAAGAGCAGUGCCUUGGAUGCGGCAAAUUGGAUGAGGGACAACAUCGGACUACUAGGCGAAAGACAAAUGAAACAAAUCUGUAUUCCAGGAUCACACAACUCUGGUAUGUACACACUAAACGGAGGAACCGCCUUCGUCAAGAAAUGUAACGUCCUAAACCAGAGUCAACCCGUUCUCAAGCAGCUUCAGCUGGGAAUCAGAUACCUUGACAUGAGGCCCGUUAUUUCUGGAGGUAAAUUUAAGGCCGGGCACUAUACCCAGGUCACAAAUGCUUUGUGGCUAGGAGGGAACGGGCAAUUCAUAGACUCAAUCGUCAAAGACAUCAAUGACUUCAUCACGAACAGUGGAGAGUUAGUCAUCGUAUACUUAUCGCACGGUCUGAAUACAGACGUCGGCAGAAAAUAUAGAAAUUUUAACAAAGAAGAAUGGAACAGACUCUUUCAGCUUCUUGACGAGACAAACAAUCUGUUUGAGUCCUCUGAAUACGUCUAUCUGCCUGAAUAUACUUUGGGACAGCUUACAGCUAACGGAACCAAAGGUGCGGUUCUCUAUGUAGUCGGUGACGAGGAAGCAAGUUUAGGGGCACGAAAGGGCAAAGGGUUCUUCUACUGGGGCACUCUGCGGGUUUUCGACCAGUACUCGGGAUCUAAUAAAUACCCAACUAUGUUCCGGGAUCAGAUUAGCAAGAUGAAGUUGGAGUCCGAGGACAACUACUUUCUCCUCUCGUGGAUAUUGACUCAGAACGCAAUAGACGCGACCACUUGUCCGCUAGGCAGGAGCAUCAGAAAGCUCGCUAAAGAAGCCAACUCCAAUAUUCAGAAGUUACUACCAGAAGUUUCGAAAACUGCCUUUCCCAACAUCAUAUUUGUGGACUUCGUCGAAUCUUCUGAGGUCACUGAAGUUGCAAUAGCUAUCAACAAUAAAAUAGUAUUUUAA